CGUAGAGUUCAUUGCCUUCGACUUCUUCUUUUUCUCUCUUCAUUUCUCCAACCUCUAGCUCCAGCGCCGCUCACCCCCAUUCUUCUUCAUCUUUUCUAAAAGAAAACCCUAGCCACUCAAUUUCUCUCAACCCUAGCCGUCCCUUAUCCAAUUUAUCUCAACCAUGGCCUCCAUUUUAGCGGCUCCACCCCGAUUCCAUCCGCCUCCCUCCCGGCGAAGACUUUGGCAUUAUCAGCUCAUGUUCAUUGCAGUCUAGAUCCCAACAACCCAAGGAUGAUAUUUCCAUGCUAGGGCUCUAGGAUCGUCAACCCAUGGAUGAUAUUUCGCUCAAACUCACAGAUCCAUGUUCGAUCCUCCAGUUUCAGAGCAAAACAUUGAUCCAGUCCCGAGAUCCACAAGAAGCAAAGACCAUCAUGAGGAUCACCACACCCAUGAUCAUGUUCAUGAUCCUAGUGUUUCUUCUGUCAGCAUAGUUUGUGAAGGGAACUUAGAUCUUGAAAAGGCUAUCAUAUGGCUUGAUACACUGUUGUUUGAACGAAGUGAGGACAUAUAUCGUAUGAAAGGUCUUCUAUCAGUUCAAGGAAUGAAAGAGAGAUUUGUCUUUCAGGAUUUUGGUGCUCUGAAAAUGCCCACCCUGAUAUUUUUACACCAAGUGUAUAUGGCAACCCAGGCAUUCCAACUUGCUCAGGGAAAUACUUCAUUUAAGGAAAAGCCUGAAAUAAUGUUGUCAAGUGCUAUACUGAAGCUAUCAGUUUGAACAUGAUGUGUGCAACUUAGAUUGCAACCAUACAACUGCUUACUUGGAGUUUUAGGGGCUUUGAUGUGGUGGUCCUGGCCAGCUCCAUCAAGCCUAAUUUCCUUCAGCUUAGCCAUUCAUGGUUUUCUUUUAAAGUACCCUUUUAGGUCCCAUUUGCUGCUGAGUUGCAUGGAUUCACAUUUCACUACUCCAACUCCUUCGGAGUCGCAUCCUGAGACAAUGGAUUUUCUUUCCCUUGCAUGGUGCAACUUUGCAGUGCAAGCUUUUCAACCAGACCAACAAGAUCGAUCCGUGGUUCUACUUGACGAUCCAAUUGUGAAGUUUGAGAGCCACAACAAGAGUCCUUACGCUGUAGAAGCUACACAAGAUGGAUGAUGCAGAUCUCAAGCCUCCACCUUGGAAAUACAAUGACGUGAAGUCGUUUAUAUGGACGCAACAAGCCAUGCAUCCAGAAUUGAACUACAACGGCUUUUUACGGAAGAAAUGGAUGUCAUGGAAGAUGGUGCCAUUUAAGAAUAUGUCGAUCAAGAAAUGGCUUAAAGACAUUAAGCGAAGGCGGAAAGAGGAGCACAGGCUGCAAAGAGCUGAAGUCCAUGCAGCAAUAUCAAUGGCGGGUGUAGCAGCUGCCCUUGCUGCUAUUGCAGCUGAAAAAUCAGAAAAUGAUGAGUCAAGCACUGCCAAGGAAGCUGCAGUCGCUUCUGCAGCCGCUCUAGUGGCGGCCCAGUGUGCAAAAGUUGCAGAAGCAAUGGGGGCAAGGAAGGAGCAACUCAGCAGUGUAAUAGGUUCAGCCAUGAAUAGCACAAGUGCAAGUGACAUCUUAACUCUAUCAGCGGCAGCUACAACAUCAUUGAAGGGAGCAGCGACAUUGAAAGAAAGAACAGGAUGCUGCAACAAAAGACUAAAUGGAACUGCACCUGUGAUGCCUGCCGAGGAUAACCCUGAGGAGGUUGAUUUCGACUUUGAGAAGUAUAGAUCAAUGCUUGCAACAGGUGCCCAGCUCACCACUGAAACACCAGACGGGAAGUACACGGUUAGAUGGGUGUCUGUCAUCAUCAACAAUGAAGCCAAGGUUCUUGUUCAAAUGAGGAAGCUCGGUCUGUUGAAAAGAAAGAAGGAAUGUAUCAUACUGGACAUGCAUGCGGAGCUGUAUAAAGAUUCAGAAGCCGGUGAGAAUGGUACAGGUUAUCUCAUCGUGUUAACGACGAGUAAGGGGACAAUCAAGCUGGACAUGGAAGCCGACUAUCAGCGGUACAAGACAUGGGCGACGACCAUUAACCAUAUGCUCUUGGUCUCUACUUCGUUUACGAAAUAUCAUCUUCAAUACUACAAGAACUAGUGUUCGAUGAUCAAUUACAAAUAUCAUCCAUCAGAAAGAUCAUUGUGUUGCUGCACCUAUGUGCAUAUUUGCCCUGUACUUUUGUAACUAUAAAUCAAUUCACCAUUCCUGCUUUUACACAAUCA